GUGUUGCAUUGAGCAAGCGAAAUCAGCACAGUGUACCAGAAAGUGUGGAGCUACUAAUUGGACUGAAUUUCAGUGGCAACAAAAGCCCUGGCUAGAAAAUUCCAGCCCUGGUUUUACAGGGCCUGCUUUGUUGCUGCAGUGUUUGUUCUCUACUGCUGUGUUAACAGUUAUCUUUUCGGUAGUGGCCUCUCCCCACCCUUCCACACAGUGCAUGAAAGGUUCCUCGGCACAAACCCGUCCAGAGCCUCUGUGGCACAGUGAAGGCAAUGCCCCGUUCUGCAUAGGACACCAUCCAGACACCAGGACUGACCCAGCAGCAGCCUCGCAACCAUGUUCCCACACAGCUUUGAUUACAACCAGCCGAUGAGAAAACGUUGAGAGGAAGGAGACAUGAUGGGACAGCUCCCGGAGGAUGUGGAGGGUUGCUUCACCACAGAGGAACUGGAAUGCAAGAUCUGCUACUGUGCUUACAGCCUGUCAAGUCGACGGCCCAAGGUCCUCGAGUGCUGUCAUUGUCUGUGUGCCAAGUGCCUUGCAAAAAUCCUCGAUUUGGGCGAAUCCUCUCCCAACGCAGUGGUCUGUCCGUUCUGCCGAUACAUCACGGACCUUCCCAGAGAAGCUGUGGAUAGUCUACCGGACGAGUAUAACCUGGUGUCGGCGCUGCUGUCCGUCCAGGCACGGAAACACCCGAACCAGAAUGAAACCCAAGGCGAGAUUCUUCUCAGUCCCAGAUGCCUCAACUCCCUGGUGGGACACUCUGCUUCAGCUUCCCCCACCUCGAUUCGUUCCAAUUACGUGGUGAUCACCAUUAUGGAGGCUCGGCAGGAGUCUGCUAUUCCAGCUCCGGGGAGGGAUUACCGCUCUUCUAGCCUGGACUCAAUGGCCUCUGUUACCAAUAGAUGGACAGUGUGGAACUGUGCGGCCCUGUUGUGCCAGACCUCAGCGCGUGUCCUGGUCUGGUUGCUGGGGCUGCUGUACUUCAGCUCGCUGCCUCUAGGUGUCUACCUGCUUAUCAUGCAGCAUACCACAACAGGGGUGUUGAUGGUCAGUCUGGUACCUGUCAGUCUUCUCAUUGUUAUGGUGUACGGCCUUUGCCAAUGCCUGUGUCGUGAGUUUUGGGAAUGUGUGCCACCAUAAUGACCAAAGCAAUAAGUGUAACUGUUAUAUUUGAAGAUUGGAUGUGCUUAUAUGGUCCUGUCGGUUUGUGGAAACUGAAUUCUCCUGCUAAUGGAUAACCAAUUUAGGCUACAGUGAACUGAAAAUACAAACAAUAAAAGUGUACAGAUUUAAUUUUGCAUCAUACAAAUCAAAGUAAUAUUAGAAUACUUAAAACUGGUAUCCACACCAACAAUAUAUUCACCAUAUAUGAUAUAUCUGUAUAUGAUUGUUGAAUGUGCCUUUUCGUGGCUGAAAUGGUCAGUUCAAUAACUCUAUAGGCUUGCUGAUGCACAUUUUCUUUGUAAAAACAAUUAACUUUUUUAUACGCAAGUCAUCAGUGUUUGCAAUAUAACAUCAUACACUGAAUCAUGGGUAGGCCACAUAUUUUAAUAAAAAAUUAGUUUGAUGUUGCCAUUUUUCAUUUGGAACAGAAAUGCACGAAGAAUGAAGAAACUAACAUGCAUAUGUUUUUACAAUUUGUGACAAACGUAUGAAUGAAACAUUAAUGUAUAUCACAAUAAUGUUGGAGAUUGCACUUUAUACAGUUUGUAUAAAGCAUCAAACCUUCAGAUCAUGAUAAAUUAUACAUUCCACUUCUACACAUGCAUUUGUUUGGGAAAGACUAUUAGUCACAUAUUUUGUAUAUAAAUAUAUUUCAUAUUCUGUUUUGUAAAACCUUUGAUGCUGCCCCAACUAGAUUAAAUGCACUGACACUGUUUAACCACAAAUCUUUUGGACUGUAAAACAACUAAAUAAAAAAUAAUAAUAAUAAAAAUGUAAUUGUUAAUUCAUGUGGUAUGGUCAAUGAAGUAGCCUUAUGUAAAAUAAAGAAGAACUGAUGUUUGUGUUUGAAGUUGUGAGGUUAUGUAGCCUAUAUGCUUAGCAGCGACACAUUAGGCUAUAUUUAAAAUAAUACAUUAUUUAAUAAUAAAUAAAUAAAAAUAAAAAGCAGGAAUAUGUUAGGGUUAGAUUAAUGGCUAGGGGAUUUUA